CGGCGAUUGGCAAACGUGCAGUAGGCUUGGAUAUAUUUCGCAAAAUGGUUGUUGUUCGCGUUAGGUAACUUGACGUUUCGAUUAGAAGUGUAAACGUGAACCCGGACAAUUGUGAUUUGGAUGACCAAACCCUCGUUAGCAAACUGUGAUUCGGUGCUGUGCAUGUGCUGUGUUCUCAUCCGUAAGCUGGUGAAUUUAUCAGAUAGAGACACACUAUAUUUCAUCUCGAUGUCUGCACCACGGGCCGUUCUUUGAUAGUGUGGAUCUAUCCUCUGGCUGUCAAUUAAACACCACUCGUAAAACUACCAAGUGCUCAUCCGUCCUUUGUCGUGCGACGUCGCUGUCUAAUUUACCGAUUUCUUCACACCUAAUCCACAUUUGUAUUCUCAAAACCCAAAUUAUUAUCAAUCGUCACUCAAUAACCUCAUCCGUUAUUUUUAAAUACACACACACCCACUUUCUUCUCAACUCUUCUUUUAUCGUUACGUUUAUUUAGGAUAUGAUAAGAAAAAUUGGGACUAGUUUAUUUUUGCGUUUGUUAUAUUUCCCGUUUGGAAUGCAGUGUUAACUGGAUGUGGAAUGCCAUUUCGCGUCUGUUCACCCCAGCGAACAACAAAUCGUUGUCAUUUGAAGAAAAUACCCUGUCGGUUAAAUCAGAUUCAAAAUCUGAGUGCGCUGCUAGUGCUAGUGCUAGUGCUAGUGUGCCAGUGGCUGAUAUAUCCGUAGAUGUUUUCGACACAAUGGAUCGUAACAUUGGAGAAGAUCGGCGUAAAGGCAGCGGUGGGAUUAGUGGAGAGCAAAGACAUGCAUCCGGAGACUCGGAACAUGCUUCAGACACAUCUGAGACUCGUUUGGCCAAACAGCGUGCCUCCGUGAAGUGGCUGCUUUCCAAGGCUUACAACAACAACGUGCCGGACAAUCUACGAGAGCCGUACUAUCGUGAUCACGAGGAUCAGGAACAUUUGAAGCCACAGAUAGUCCACUCGCUUUCCAAUGCAGAGCUCUACUGUUUGGCGCUGGCCAAUAUCUACUCGGAUCCAAAUUACCACAAUCAAAACCACCUCGGAAUUCUUCAAGCCCUUGCAAGAAAAGGUGUCUUUGUUUCCGAACCGAACAACACUCAGCUGACCGAAACUAUCCUUAUACAAAAUUCACCACUUAAAAUGUCGGCGCAUAUGGCUGUGAUAGAAGGUUUGAUGGUGCUUUAUGCAAAGGAAGUAGUUACGGGAGACUGUGUAGUAGCUACAAUUAGACGAUUUAACCCACAAAGUAACCUGGAAGUGCCGACUGACCAUGAGCGAGGACUUCUUCUGUGGAUCAGCGAAGCCACUCGGGCUCUAGUUGCCAAGAUAAAACUGGAAGAAGGUGCUGGGGAUAGAUCCCGACUGCCCGACUUACCCUCUGCCACUGAUUUCCAGUCUCUGUGCGAUGGUGUUGGCCUUGCUGCUGUAGUCGCAUUUUACUGCCCAGAAGAGUUGAAUUGGAAAGAUAUUCGGAUAUCUAAAAGGUUAUCCGUCGCUGAUGCUCUACACAAUUUAUUGCUGGUCCAAACGUUUUGUGCCAGAUGCUUACCGUACUCUAUUUUUCAUAUGCAAAAUGAAGAUGUCACCUACAUGCGAGGAUCUAUGAAACAAAAUUUGAUUGUUUUCCUGGCCGACCUGUACAAUGUGUUAGAAAUUCAUCCAGUCAAAUCAGUUCGUUAUCCAGGCGAUGAAAGGGAUUCGCAAUAUUCGAACGUUUGCCCACGCAAUAGCCACGGUGUAGCUCAUAAGCGCAGCCUGCCUCAGUCUAUAGCUCCGAUACCUGACCUACGAAGCAACCUCUCCGUAUCCGCUCCAGGCUUCACAGUAAUGAAAACACCGUCCUCAAGUUCUGUUAAAAAAUCACAAUCGUUACAACAGGCGAUGGAAAAUCAGUCGCACGAAGACAGGAGAGCAGGAAGCGAAGAUAGUUUCGUCGUCCAUAGAGGCAAAGGAGUGCCUACUCUGAGCUCCGUAACUGAUGAAAAGCUCGCUGCUCGAGCAGAAGCUGCUGGUCGGCCAAGUAAUUGGGAAGACCAGAGACGUAGUUCUUAUGCAGGCAGGCGUUCGAGGAGAAAUAGCGUUACUGAUGAUUCUCAACUUACAAUUGAGAACUUCGGAGGAUCUCAGGAUAAUUUGCACAAUUUUGGACGAAAUCCUGACAAGGAAGUUGGAGGGCACGUAGGACGCCAUAACGUUGCUGAACCAACUCUUCCUGCCCGAUCGAGUGUUCAAGAUGUUUAUGGCAGUGGUGUGCAACUGAUUCUAUCAGACAAUGGUUAUAGUGCAGACGAGCCACCCAGGCUCAAGCGACAAGCAUCUAAUUCGAGUCUAAACAAUGUUACACUAAAAAAUAUCCUACAUUCCAAUGAAAAUGAUAGUAAUGUGGACAGUAACAGUUCGAAAUUAGCCAGCUUUGCUCAGCUCGGUAGACAGAGCUCUGACAAGGUCAUCAAUUUCACUUAUUCCAAUCAAGAGAAAGACGACAACCUUUUGAAAAAAGCUGGCAUAGUAGCAAAAAAACAAGUUCAAAAUAAUGGCAGCACAUCGGGCGAAAAAAAGACAACAUUCGCCGCACUCCCAAAUACGACUACGUGGCAACAACAGAGCAACCAGCACAUGCAACAAGCCGAGACUAAUACUACUGAUGAAAAUGGAGGUAAUACAGUCAUGGCAUCACAGUUGAAUAACAUCAGAAUGAAACUUGAAGAAAAACGACGUCACAUAGAAAACGAAAAGCGAAAAAUGGAGGUUGUCAUGUCUAAGCAGCGGCAAAAAGUUGGCAAAGCUGCAUUUUUGCAAGCAGUUACCAAGGGUAAGGUAAAAUCCCCUUCAUCGUCAACAUCAGGGGGUGAAAGCCCUGUGGAAUCUGUACCCCCCAGCUCCAUUACUUCUGGAAAUGUAGGGUUCAUCCCUGCAAGUAGUACAGAGACACAUCUCGUAUCCAACCAUCCCCCUCAAGAUAAACCACAACGGCCCUUUUCGCUCAAGGAAAUCAGUGAAGAUGUGCGAGAUGUGGAACAUAAAUGGCUUGAGCAGGAUGGCAGUGCACCUUUUAUCGAAACACGACGCACACCAGACAUUGAGAAUAUGGACAUAGAUCAGUACCAUGAGUCUAUAUCACAAAUGAAUAGCAGUCUUAGCGAAAUUCAAGCAGAUAUACAGCGGCUAGCCAAUCAACAAAAUCAAAUUCAACAACAACAUUUAAUGAGCCAACAUCAGCAGCAGAUGCAGCAACAACUACAGCAAUUAAAGAGUUUAAGCCAGCAACAUAUGCAGAAUUAUGCCAUACCACCAAUGAAUUCAAUACCAACGAGAAUUCAGGACCCUCAACAGUCACAGUUCUACUUACAUGAUCAUGCGCAAUCUCAGCGACGAACAUGGGGUCAACCGUUACCACCUGAAAGCUUAGCAAACGAAAUGGCUGCGGCAGGUUAUCAGCAGCCAGUUGAACUUCGAUAUAGUCCACAGCCUGCAGCUUACCAGCAGGACUCACGACUGUAUCAAGAUACGAGGACAUGGGCUGCGCCUCCUUCUCAGCCAAAAGGAUUCGUACUACAUGAAAUAGCACCGGAUCAGAGAUAUCUCAAUGGUGGCGAUCAUAGUCUUUGUAACAACCAAAUGAAUCGUUCAGGUUCUACUUACCCUACACCUGCCACACUGUUCAAUACAAUGCCACCAUCAUCUGCCAGUCCUCAACAUCGAAAUGCGGUGCACAGAAUUAGUCAGCUAAUGGGUGAAAGCCCAGAGCAAAAAAGACCUACGGUCCACCAUAUACCCAUAACAUGCGAAAGUCCCACGGAGAAACGCCAAGCACCUGUACUGCACACUCCUGUCCCUGCGCCAUCAGUUGAUGAUAUGGAGCCUCAAAAUAUUUCGUUUAUUGGAAACGAUGACGAUCUCUCACACGGAAUUCGUGGCUUGAAUAUCACAUCAGGCAGUAGAACGUACAGAAAACCCUCACCCACGAGACCUUCGAUAUCUAGAAACUCUUUUCAACCGCAUUCGUCGCUACGAGAAUCAGCGUCUCCGCCAUGUGCAACGCCCGAAAUGUCAGCAUUUGAUACCACAGAUCCUGGAGAGAAGGGAUUCUACAUAUCAUUCGAUAACGACGCACCCAAAAAGCCUAAGCCAGCACUUGGGCAAAAAAGAACGUCUCCGAAGAAGGAAAGGACCGUUUCUUCCUAUAUCGAGCAAGAAGACUUUACCGUUAGACCUGAAUCUCCACCAGCCAGUGCUGCAGAAAGGCAGCGGCAGCUUGAGGCUCAAAGAGAUUUGGAAAGAGAAAGGAUCAAGCAAGCAGAAGAGAGAGAGCAACAACGACAAGAAAUUCGAGAUAGGGACAUGCAAAGAGAAAUGGAGAGAAAACGCCAGAGAGAUAGACAGAAGGAUAACACUUCAGUUAGCCGACAGGGAAGCGGAAUUGGACUUGUUAUCGGAACUCAACUAGCCAAUCCAGAUCCUAACUCACUGGAUGAAAUGGAGAAGAAGAAAGAACGAAUAAUGCUGCUGUCAUUGCAACGGCGACAACAGCAGGAAGAAUUGAAGGAGAAAAAAGAAGCUGAGGCGCAAACUCGCAAAGAACAAGAAAAGUUGAAAAUGGAGGAAAGGGCACGUAAAAAGGAGGAAGAAAGACAGAAGAGAGCUGCGAUUCUUGAACAAUAUAAGCUUAAAAAGGCGAUUGAAGAAGCAGAGAAAGAGGGUAAAAUCAUUGACAAAGAACUCUUGAAUGCGAUAAAGCCAACAAAGCUACGUAACAAAACCACACCCAGUCGUCCUCGACCGAAAACAAUUCAUGUGGAUGCGGGUGCUGAUUUAGAUUCUGGAACCUUGACGCCAAGCCGGGGGAAAAAAGGAUCUUCAUCUAAUCUUAGCACUGCGUCGCUGAUAUCCCCAACGAUGAGACGGGACUACUAUCGUGGCUCUCAGGAUAGUCUUACUGCCGCCCACCUUGAUGACCGUCGCUCAGGUCCCCUUUAUCGAGGUGGCAGCCUUAGGGUUUCUUCUGUAGAUUCGCCAGAUGAUGGUAGAGGAUCUUCGCCAUGUCGUAGCGUUAAUCAACUCGGUCGUCGUGGUUCUUAUAAAACAUCACGAGAUGCACAGGAGCCUCAGCAACAAGUUAGAGGCAGGCCUAAAUACCCAACUUACCAAAACUUUAAGGGGAGAAAGUCUAAUUCGUUGAUGAAUUUGUGUGGUUCGAGUAGUGAUCAAGACAGUAUGAUGUAUCGGUACACAGAUACGGACAGUGGGCUGGGCAGGGCGACACCUCCGAGACGCGCACCGAGUCCAGGGAUGGGCAGUAUGAGGCAUCUACCGUCACCAUCUGGCCCCGGAUCACUUCCUCCAGGCCUUAUGACAAAACGAAGGAUGUUCGAUGACGGAAGCAGUGAUAUUAGCAGUACUCCUAGUUCAAUGAUGGAUUAUAACGGUCCACGAUUAUACAAACAACCUACCACUAAGUCAAAUAGAGGAAUUAUGUUGAAUGCUGUAGAAUACUGUGUAUUCCCCGGAACAGUGAAUAAAGAAGCUAAAAGGAGGGUACUGGAUGAAAUAUCCAGAUCGGAAAGCAAGCACUUUCUUAUUCUCUUCAGAGAUGCCGGUUGCCAAUUCAGAGCUCUCUACUCGUACUGUCCUGACAAGGAAGAAGUUUCUAAACUUUACGGCACAGGACCAAAGCAGGUCAACGACAGAAUGUUCGACAAGUUUUUCAAAUACAACUCAGGUGGGAAGUGCUUUUCGCAGGUCCAUACUAAGCAUUUGACCGUAACUAUUGACGCAUUUACGAUACACAACAGUUUGUGGCAAGGAAAAAAAGUUAAUCUUCCUAACAAGAAGGAUAUGGCACUUGUCAUAUAGUUAUACAUCAAUGUUACAUCCGCGUAAGAUUGUAGUAUAUACUAGUACUACAACUAAUUCUACUAUUAUUACUUCUACUACUACUACUACUAUUACUACUACUACUGCUACUACUACUACUACGACUACUAUUACUAUUAUGCCCACUGUUGUUCAUAGUUACUCAUUUAAUACAAGUCCAUAUUAAAAUUAAUAUGAUUGUUCUGUUCUUAGUAAGUUUUAUAAGGCGAUGCCCAAUCUGUACUGACACUUUAUGGCGAUGAUAAUUAUUUAGUAGAAAAUUAGGGAGUCACUAGAAUCGCAAAAUCUCUGUACGAAAAACAGACUAAACUCGCAAAUGCACGUAUUUAUUUGGAAUUGUUAGUAGACAUUUAAAAAAAGGGUGAAACUAUGACGAUGAAUUUCUAAACUAAGAUUUUAUUGGUUCUUUUAGAAAGAAAGAAACUUUCUCCUUGGGGAAACUCUACAUCGCUCGUGUCUGUACCGAUUGUUUGAAUCAUGAAACAUACUGGUUUCCAUAAAGAGGAAUAGUUUGUUAUGAGUAUUUCCUACCAACCUUCAGUAUAGUUAAUGUAGUAGUAAUUAUCUUAUAAAUUUGCAAACGCAACGCCACAUAAUUGUGUAUGCUGCUGUAUUAAAGUUGAAUUGUGUGACCAGCCUAUGAUGAAAUCACUUUCUCUCUCUCUCUUUUUUUUUUUUCUCAUGAACUCUUAGAAACUGAGUUUAGUCACAAAUUCUACUAGGUUUACAGUAUUGAUGAUUUUGAAAGUUUUUUCUUUUCUUCUUUCAACAUGAACAAACGCUUUGAAUAACCACGGAAUGUGAUACGUAAUAAUUAUGACAAGAUUCAACCAUAUGUAUUUAAAUAACACUGUCAGAAAUCACGUUUAAAUGAUUAUUAUCAUUUAACAUUGUGCGUAUAUGUGCUCUAUGGAAUAUGACAUUUGAGUAGUAACCUAUUGAGAAUCUAUGCGACGUAUUGUGAAUUCCAUGGCCUAGCAGAAAUUAAUAAAAGAGUUUUAGUCAGUAAAACUACGAUUAAUUUUUUUCUUGUUGUUAAAAUUUUGUUCUAGAAUAGUUUUUUUUUUUUACAAAUUUGUUUACCUUAUGUUUUCUAAAUUAUUUUUAUUUGCCAUGCACAAUAGUUAAAUCCAGCCUUAGACUUAAUUCAAUCAAGCAAGAUGGAAAAAAAUAUAACCCGAAAUGAUGGGCAAAUGUUCCUCAUUUGUCACAGCAAGUCAAUAAACAUCUUAUUUAGUGCUUCAAUAUCUCCAAAGAGCAUGUUAUACCUAUUUUUACAUCAAAAUUAAUUAUACGCAUUUGAUUAUCUUCAAUCAAAUAUAAUCUUUUCUUCUACGUUUACAAACAUAAAUAUACAUUUAUUUAAAAUCUAACGACAUUGAAUUUUCUCUGCAGGCUACCAGUUGAUGUAGGAAUCAGAUUACUCAAAUGAAUCCAAUAGUAGUCAAAUUGCAUGUUUUGAUCAACGAGUAAUGUAAGAAGUUUGAAAAAAUGGGGAUCGGGAAAAAUUACUGUCGUUCGAUUUAUUUGUUUGAUUUUUCUUAAAUUUUUUCAAGAAUUUUAAGAAGAUUAUUGGUUGGCAUGUGUACGAUAAAAAAAUAUAAGCUAAUAUUUGAGAUAAUUUCAAGGUCACAUUAUAUAGAUAGUAAAUAACAUGUUGCUAGUUAUUAUAUAUACUUGAAAGUGAUUGAUUGGUAUACAUAUAUUAGUGAUCAGCUUACAGUGUAAUUGCCAUAAAUAUUUUGUUCGGCAAGGUGAGAAUAGAUGAUUGGUCGUUUAGAUAUUCACGAUUUUAGCCAAGGAUUAAACUAACUUUUAAUGCUGUGCUGAGAAAAGACGAGAGGCCUUGUACAUGACGAAUGAUUAUUGGACAAUUACUAGCAUUUAGAUUAAUAAACAACUAUAUAUCGUGCCAUAACUUUGAAAAUCUUCUCUUUCCACAGCAUUGAAGUUUCCACUAUUUUCGAUCUUACAAUUAGUAUUUAUCCAACUAUCGUCACUAACAGCAAACAAACUGUAAUGUAAUGUCACAAACAGUAGUACUGAAUUUCAGUACUUUUAAAAAGACACUUCGAGUAUAAGUGUACGUAUUCUGUUGUUAAAACCAUUUCGUAAUACCAUUUCUUCUACAAGUUUUUUGUGAUCUUUAACAUUGAUUAAUUUAUAUCUAUCGUAAUAACUUUCGUUCUACUCGUCAACCUUAUAAGGAAAAACUAUUUUAAAAAAACGUAACAAUAACCAUACGACAUAUCGACGUUUUUAACUUACCCUGGAAUCAGUGAUGAUUUAAUUUGGUAAUACUUAAGUAAAUUCACAACCUUACACAAAAAUAACCAUCGAAAAUUGUAAAAUGCACGCAUUUAUUAAUUCGCUAUAACAACAGCAUUGAGAGUUGAAGAAACUGUCCAUAAUGACAAUAUUAAUUAAAAUAAGGCAUGAAGUCAACUUUAAGUGUGUUCGCUGUGUUUGAUUUGUAACAGUACAGUAGCAGCAACCAAGAUAUAACAAUUUAGUCACUAAUAUUAAGAUUAUCGAUGCGAAUGUCGUACAUUAUUCGAACGAAACGAUUUGUUGAUUCAGCAUUAAGAAAAACGUAAAAAAUGAAUGUAAAGAAAUUGAUAAAUAAUGAACAGUUGAAUGAGAGAAAACAACAUUACAUAACAUCCUGAAAGCUGCUUUGCUUGAUAUUUAUAUUUUUUAAAAAGAGAAAAUAUUAUUAGCAAGCUGAUAUAGGUAUCUAAAUCCGAAGUAUGAUUAUUAUUCUUAUUAUUAUGAAUAAAGUCAUGAAUAAAUUACGAUUCUCCGAAUUGUUCAUAUGCUGCAGUAACCAUCCGUGCUUACUAAUAAUGAAUAAUUACCCUUAUGUAACGCGAUCCCCUAAUUUUUAAUCGUGAUCAAACGUAUCAAGUGAUGUUUUUUCAAUUUAUCCAUGUCUGUAUAUAUUAUGUUUUUAUAUAAAAACCAAACUACAUACUA